UGGCCUGGAGGGCAUGGUCGGGCAGAAGCUCCUCAGUGACCACCACAAGCCCGCUAGCUCCGGCUACAGCCCUUGCCGCACACUCGCGUCACCUGAGCCUGUGUAGGUGCGCCCCCCAACUCCUCCCCCAGCCAGGUCCCGGGGACACCGGCAGCGUCCCCCACCGCCCGGCGCCGCUCAUCCUGGGCAGGAUCGGCCCCGUCUGAGGCUGCACCGCAUUAGGGAGCUGCAACCCCUCGGCUUGACCUCUGAUGGCUGUUGCAACAACAUCAAAGCCUUUGGAACUUUGUAGGGGGUACCAGGGGCUAGGAAACCAAGAAAACAUCUUUUUAAAAAUAUAAGCGAUCGGGCCGGGCGCGGUGGCUCACGCCUUUAAUCCCAGCACUUUGGGAGGCCGAGACAGGUGGAUCACGAGGUCGGAAAUUCAAGACCAUCCUGGCCAGCAUGGUCAGACAAGGGCAGUAUGUCUGAAGACUGCGGGCCAGUGAGAAGGAACAGGGCCCACUAUGUGUGUCAUGGGCCAGGAGGGCAACCACCAGCCCUACCCGGCAGCCUUGGGGAGGAGAUCAACUCAGCCCAUGAGCCUGGAGUGCUAACGAGCCUCCUCUGCCCACUUGCAUCUCCCACGCCUCGCAGCGCUGAGGUGCAAGGAACCUCCGGGGAGCUGGGUGGGCUGAGGCUGAUCAAAAUUGAGCCAGAGGUUCUGGACAUCAUUCAGGUCACUGUCCCAGAUGCCUUGCCAACCUCUGAGGAAAUGACAGACUCAAUGCCUGGGCACCUGCCAUCGGAGGAUUCUGGUUAUGGGAUGGAGAUGCUGACAGCCAAGGCCAUUGGCAUCUCGGAGCCCGUCAAGGUGCCAUACUCCAAGUUUCUGAUGCACCCGGAGGAGCUGUUUGUGGUGAGGCUGCCUGAAGGCAUCUCUCUCCGCAGGCCCAUCUGCUUCGGGAUCGCCAAGCUCUGGAAGAUUCUGGAGGCCAGCAACAGCAUCCAGUUUGUCAUCAAGAGGCCCGAGCUGCUCACUGAGGGAGUCAAAGAGCCCAUCGUGGAUAGUCAAGAGAGGGAUUCCGGGGACCCUCUGGUGGACGAGAGCCUGAAGAGACAGGGCUUUCAAGGCCUUUCCAAGGACUCAUCCCAAAGCCUGGCUGGUGUGCAAUGGCAUGAUCUCAGCUCACUACAACCUCCACCUCCCAGGUUCAAGAGAUUCUCCCGCCUCAGCCUCCCUAGUAGCUGGGAUUACAGGGGACUGCCACCAUGCCCAGCUAAUUUUUCGAAUUUUUAGUAAAAAUGGGGUUUCACUAUGUUGGCCAGGCUGGUCUCGAACUCCUGACCUCAGGCAAUCCACCCGCCUCAGCCUCCCACAGUGCUGGGAUUACAGGCAUGAGCCACUGCGCCCAGCUUUACACCCCAUUCAGACUGGUGGUUUACCUUUCCAACUCAUUCGGUAUUUUCUGUGCUCUGGCGCUGCUGCAUGUAUUAACUUAUUUAGUCCUCACAACAUCCAAUGAUGUAGGUAGGUCCUAGCUGGGGAAAUGGAGGCACGGAGAGGUAAAUAACAUCGCCCAGCUAAGAAGUGGUUGACCCACAGAGGUUGCACCAAGGUACUGUGAGGCCCCAGGCUGGCUGUUCUUUAAGGGCAGGGACCUCGCGGGAUUCAUUGUUGCAGGUUGUCAGUGCAAGCACGGGGCCUACUCAGUUUCCUCAUCUGUAGGAUGGGCUGAAGGGUGGGAAUUCUCUCUCAGGGCUUCUCUCUAGCUUGGGGACAUGAAAGGGGUUAUGAGCUCUAAGGUGCUUGGUGUGGAUGGGAAGCGGUUGCAGAGGCUCCUCUCUGGGUUUUUGGUUUUUUUGUUUCUUUGUUUGUUUUUUAACAGGGUUUUGCUCUGUCACCCAGGCUGGAAUGCAGUGGCACAAUCAUAGCUCACUGCAGCCUUGAACUCCCAGGCUUAAGCAAUCCUCCUGCCUCAGCCUCCCAAGUAGCUUGGACUACGGGUGCAUGUCACUAUGCCUGGCUAAUUUUUUUUUCUUAAUUUUCAGUAGAGACGGGGGUCUCACCGUGUAGCCCAGGCUGGUCUUGAACUCCUGGACUAAGUGAUCCUUCUGCCUCAGCCUCCCAAAGUGUUGGGAUUACAGGCAUGAACCACCGCGCCUAGCCCUCUCUGGGAUUUUAGGGUGGAAUAGUUUCCCAGACAGGAGGCCUUCUCCCUCCUCCACCAUGCUGUGGUUCACCCUGUCCCA